AUGGGCUGGCUGUGGGGAUCAAGUCCUAAGGAUGUUUCCAAGGAUAUUCCCAAGGAUAUUCCAUCCACAAUUCCUACAGAACCAGCAAAACAGAAUGCACCACCGAAGACCUUGACUCCCGACGAACAAGCCGACUUGGAAUUCAACCAAAUCCUGGCCGAUCUUAGAGCUGAGGAUGCGUCGCUCUCAAAACGAACUGGGCUUACCCCCGAUGGCAAUCCAUCGCCAGAAUCGCAAACACCUUCAUCACCCAUCUCUCCCGAGUCCCUCUACCAAGAUACCAUGUCCUGCCGCAAUGCCUUCGACUACGCUUUCUUCUGUCAGUCUUUCGGAGGCCAAUUUGUGAAUGUUUAUCGAUAUGGAGAACUACGGUCAUGCAGCGAUCACUGGGAUAAUCUAUGGCUGUGUAUGAAGACACGAACUUGGCCGGAAGAUUUGCGCAGGAGAGAGAUCCGAGACCACAACCGGAAGAAAUCGAUUAAGUACAAGACAGGCCCCAGCAGUGAGGAUGUCUGGGAUGUGCGGCUAGACCCAGCCAAAGACUCGUUCAAGGGAGAUUUUGCCGCAAUGUGGCAGGAGAUGAAGGCUGAAGAUGAAGCAGCGAAACAACAGGCGGAACAGACGGUUUCAUGA